AUGGAAGUGUUUGAGGAUGGAUGGAGAGGGUUUUGUGGGGUUGUGAAUCCCAGGCUUGCACACCUUGAAUCUGGAAUUGAAGAGAAUCAGCAUGCUUCUAUUUCGAAUUUGGAGGUGCAAGUUGGCCAAUUAGCUAAUGUCAUAAGUGGAAGAAACCAAGGAGUAUUGCCAAGUCAACCUAAAGUUAACCCGAAAAAUCAAGACCAAGCAAAGGCAAUCACUCUUCGUAAAGGGAAGCAAGUGAAUACAGCGAUCGACUUGGAAAAAGAAGCAUUAGAGAAAGAAAAAGAAGCCAAGAAGUCUACGGCGGAAGUGGGGCAUGCAUUUUCACCGCCAAUCACCACCACAGAAAAAUCCCAAGAAGAAGAAAAUUCUAUACCAAUUCCUUCUCCUCCAUUGAAGCCAUAUGUCCCACAAAUCCCUUUUCCACAGAGGUUGAGGAAAAAUAAAAUUGAUGGGCAAUUCUCAAAAUUCUUGGAGAUGUUCAGAAUGUUGCAGAUCAACAUUCCUUUUGCCGAAGCUUUGGAACAAAUGCCAAGUUAUGCAAAAUUCAUGAAAGACAUUCUCUCCAAGAAGAGGAAAUUUGGAGAGCACGAGAAAAUCCAACUGACAGAAGAGUGCAGUGCCAUCCUACAACGGAAGCUUCCACCAAAACAAAAAGAUGGAGGGAGUUUUAAAAUUCCAUGCACUAUUGGAAAUAAUUUCUUUGAAAGAGCUUUAUGUGAUUUGGGUUCUAGCAUUAACUUACUACCUUUAUAUGUUGCUAAAAAGAUUGGUAUUGGUGAAACCCACUACUGUUUCUUUGCAGAUGGCAGACAGAUCAAUCACAUACCCAGACGGAAUUAUUGA